UGUGAUAUAAAUUAACUCAGGAUACUAGGAAAGUUGCUGCUCAAACUUGACACGCACCCGUCUCCAGCUUCAAAUUAAAGGUUUUGAAGCUCUAAAAACAUCAAGAUGUCAGAGAAAAAGAUGUCUUCAAGUCGGAAGCAUCAACUGAAGAGUUUGAUGCUGUCCAUUGCCAAAGGCAUACUUGAGGAAGAAGACAGAGAGCGAGAGGAGGAGAGAGAGAAGUAUAUGGCUGAGUGCUGUCCACCCCUAGCUAUGCCUCGAACUCUACAGGAGCUUCAGGAACUCUGCCGGGAGAUCCACCACAAGAUUGAUGUGACUGAUGAAGAGCGAUACGAUCUGGAGGCUAAAGUCAACAAAGCCAAUAAAGAGAUAGAUGAUCUGAAGAUCAAAGUUCAAGACCUGAUGGGCAAGUUCAAGAAGCCAGUACUUAAGAAAGUUCGCAUGUCUGCAGAUGCCAUGCUGAAAGCACUGCUGGGAUCCAAACAUACAGUCAAUAUGGAUCUGAGGGCCAACCUGAAGCAGGUGAAAAAGGAGGUCAAAGAAGAGGAAAAGGAACUCCGUGAUGUUGGGGACUGGCGCAAAAACAUUGAAGACAAAUCUGGAAUGGAUGGGAGGAAGAAGAUGUUUGAGGCGGAAGCUUAAGAUGUGGCUUAAUGGCUUCAUAUCUUCUGAUUAAUUUGGAUCGUUUUAUUUGCCAAAGGCUGUAAGCUCCAAACCCAAUAAAGAAACUAAAGAAG